AGCACAGUGAACAAACGUAGACCUGUGCCAGUAUUAAAGGACACAGCUGAGGACAUUUAUUGUACACAGUCUGCUGGGUUCUUCAUUGUAAUGCAGUCAGCUGCAUUAGCUGUCUUCACUGACCACAGCCCUGCUACAGGUUGAUCUCGUGUUGUGGUUGGAGACCACAUGGCCUCAGGUGGAGCAGGGGAAGACGAUGGAAGCAUUCCACUGGAUAUUGACAACGUGCACAUGCUCCUCCAAGUGGAGCAUGAACAGAUUCAGAAAAGGACAUUCACCAACUGGAUAAAUGCUCAACUCUCGAAGAGAUGCCCUCCCUCAUUUGUGUCAGACCUCUUCUCCGACCUCAGAGAUGGGUCGCAGCUGCUCGACCUGCUGGAGGAGAUGAGUGGCCAGCGGAUGAAAAGACAAAGAGGCCGUGGGGUUUUCCAGCAGAGGGCCAACAUCGAGACAGCGCUCAACUUUCUCAAGAGAAAAUCUAUCAAACUGGUGAACAUCAACAUCUCAGAUAUUAUAGAUGGACGGCCCUCCAUCAUCCUCGGUCUCAUAUGGACCAUCAUCCUCCACUGUCAUAUCGAGGAGUUGGCCAACACUCUCUCCUUCAGCUCUCGUCAUUCCUCCCUCGACUCUCUGUCCAGCCUGGACUCCUGGUCUGGCAGCCCAGUCCCAGCAAGUCCGGUCCCUGGGGGACGGACAUCGCCUCUCCACAGACGCUUCAGAGUGUCUGCAAAGAAAGCCCUGCUCAUGUGGGUCAGGGACCAAUGCCAAAGGGUCGGCUGCUCUGUCAGUGUGAGGGACUUCAAGUUAAGCUGGAGAAGUGGAGAGGCCUUCUUGGCCAUCCUGUGCUCCCUCAGACCACAGCUGGUGGAUCUUUCACUAGUCAGGUCCAGAACCAACCACGAGAACCUGGAAGAGGCAUUUCACCUGGCUGAGAGGGAGCUAAACAUCCCCCGCCUACUGGAGCUGGAGGAUGUUGACGUGAAAGACCCUGAUGAGAAGUCCAUUAUGACAUAUGUUGCCCAGUUUCUACAGUACUCUAAUGACAUGCCAUCACCUGAUGAUCAUCUGCAGCUGUUUCCUCUGGUCCAGCCCUCUUUUCUUUCACCUGAGAACUUGCCUGCUCACUUCACCCCAGCUGUUGCUGUCUCACCAAUACGUCAGGUCUCUCCAAGUGAGCGUGCACAAGAGGUGACUUGCUGGCUGCAGCAAACUUACCAGGAGCUGUCCAAGUCUCAGACAGCUACAGAGAAGUCAAGCUUCGCAGAAAAAUACCAGGUGUUUCAGAACUUCGCUGAUUCCUUCACUGAGCAGAGGAAACCAGUGAUGACCCUCCUUGCCGCCAUAAGACGCCGUCCUGAGAUGAGCCAAGAGCAGUGUGCUCUCAAGGCAGCAUGGGAUCGUUUAGAGCAGGAGCUGCAGCGACGCAAAGCAGACCUGGACUUGAGUCUCCCUCCUCCCCUGGACUCAGUUGUCUUGUGGCUGCAGCGAGCAGAGGCAGUGCUAACAGGAGAGGGAGGAGGAGGGAAAGAUCACGCAGAUGCUGCCAAAGAAGCAAGAUUUCAACAGGACACACUAAAGACUUUAAUUAAGGAGAUGACCCACCACGUCAGUAUCCUUGAUACCUUCCGCAACAUGGAUGACACAGGAAAUGUAGUAGUGCCACUGGAAAAGUUUGAUGAGAUAAAAAGACGUUUAACCAGUGUCCGAGUCACUGCCAAGUAUCAAGGGAUUAAGUUGGAAUACCAGGAAUCCCAUCACACUGUUCUGCAUCUCCUGGGUCGCAUCAAUGAUAAGCUUCAGACCUGGAAAGCUCCCUACAGAUCUCAAGAGACCGUUCUUGUGCUUCUGCAGGACUGGCAUGACACAGUGGAACGGCAGGGACUGCUUUUGAUUCUAAUGGAUGCUCUCCAAAACCUAAAGGAGAAGGCGAAUGCUUACACCAGCAAGGCAGCGCUAGGUGAAGGUUCCCAGUGUGUCACUCGUCAGGUGAAGGAAGCAGAAAGCGAAGCUGAACUGGUUGCACAGGCUGUGACGGCUGUCAGGGAGAUGAUGGAGAGGGUGGUGUCUGCGUGGGAGACCUACAACAACUGCAUCACUUCUCUGCAGACGUGGUUGGCACAAAAAAUACAUUCACACACCCAGUCUCCCGCUGCAGGGACGCAGGGUAUGAGUGAGUGGACGUCAUGUCAGGCUAAGCUAAACCAAGCAGGGAACUUACUCAUCGAAUUGACAGAAUCUUCAACCAGCCUCGCUCUGGCUGAGCAACUCAGCAAGGUCAACAUGCAGUGGGCUGAGUGCAUGAAGAAGACAAUGUUUGAAGUAUCAUCAGAGCCCAGUGUCGGUCCCCUCUGUUUUCAAAUGGUGCAUUCACUGACCCAAGAAGCCAGCCAGCUUCUGAGGCAGCCACUGGAUGUGGCCUCUGUCCCACUGAAGGCUACCAGACAGAAGUUACAGCUACUGAGUAAGAAGAUGGCCGACGUGGACCUUUCAUCCCUCACUUCAUCCCCAGACUUUCAAACAAGCCACAUAGAGAAUCUCAUGCAAACUCUCCCACAGAUGCUUGCUGAAGCAGAGAGGAGCUGUGGAGAGCUGCAGAAGGCUGCGUCCAGGCUGGAGGGCCAUCUGGCUGAGCUGGAUCACUGGACCACAGACGCCCAGGACUGUCACCAGCACCUAAAGGAGAAAAAACACAGAGGACGCCCUGCUGUGGAAUCUACAGCCAAAGUCCUGGUCUCCCGAGGCUUGCAGCUGGAGAGCCAGGUUGUAAUGGAGGGACAGGAUCUGCAGAACCUUGUGGCACAAGUACAGAGAACGUCUCCUCUGCAGCACCUCAGUACUUCUGUCAUGCAAGAUAGGAUCUCAGAGGCAGUCUCUCACUGCCAGGAGAUUCUUGGGAGGUUUGGUUCCCUUGGGUUUCUGCAACACGUUGAAACAGCCGAUCAGAUGCAGACGCAGCCACAGUCGGGGUUUUUGGUUGUGGCCAGAACCAAACAUGUCGACCAGGUUGGAAAUGUUGUGCUGCAAGCUCAAGACCCAAAUCAGGUUUCAGCUGUGAGCCCAUCUCAGACACCUCAACAAAGAACAAGAGGUCUCCAGGGUUGGCCUGAAAAACAGCACAUGGACACACAGGAGGAACCAUCCAUUGUGCUACCACAUGUUCAAAUCCAGAUGCUGCCUCAGCAUUUGGGGGCACCAGGAUGUCAUAUUCACUCUCAAGUUUCAAGCCCAAGUCAAAAUGAUCAACUUUUACCUGCAUUAACCCAAGCUCCUGCUGGAUCAACUGGUCCAAAAAGUCCAGUUCCUGUGGAGAAGGAAAGCGCAUCCUCCCCACAGAUCCACAAGUCAAAACCCAGAAUAAGAGGGCAACCAAAAACCCCACAAAGUAAUAAUACAUCUCCACAGCCACCAGUUUUGGUCCGCAGUGAAGUUCAUUCAAAAGCCCAGUCAAUGGCGAGGAGCAGACUGGAGAAGGCCCGGUUUCGUCUGCAAGGACGCAUCCAGCAAGCCAUCAAGUUAUUUGGUGGCAAACAGAUUUCAGAGUCACAAGCCAAAAGGAAACAGAGAGCUUUAAAGAUUCUGCAGCCUGCCUUCCUGGAGGAGUUCCUGGUUGCAGUGGAGGGUUUGGGGGCCUUUUGCACUGGGCCCAAACUUCAGGACUUGAUGAUCCUGUCUGACUCAGUCAGAAAGCAGUGGGAGGAUGUACGCGGAGAAAUGGCGGCCUAUGUUCCCGUCUUAUUGUCUAAGAUCAGAGAGGGAGAGCAGUCUUUAUCUGUUGUGCAGUGUGAAAUGCAAACUAACCAUCUGCAUGAAGCCACUGACCAGACUGACCUUGACUCUCUGUUGCGACAACAGGCUGUCAUGGACGAUGCUGCAUCUGCUGAGGAAUGUGUUGAAACGCUCCAAGAGCUGUGUGAAACACUGACGCCAGGUGAAUCCUCCUGCCUGGAAACAGACCAACUGAGGGAGUCAGAUGAAGCACUGGAAACACAGCCUAGUGACACAGUGCUCCCAUCCGACUGCAGGGGACAGCAGCUCUGGGGAAACACCCCACUGAGAGCGACUGGCAUGUCGGCUGACACGCAGCAACAGAGCAACAAUCUCCCGCAUAAACAAAGCGUAGACAGCCCACAGCAAGUCCCGUCACCUGGGGGAAGUGGUGGGGAUGUCGCGACAUUGCGAGUUCAGGAUGUCCCAACAGCGAGCGAGGGAGACCUCACACAACUCUGCGGCGGUGGGUCGGUGAAAAAUCUGAAGCCAUCACUUCGAGCCAAAGAGCAGUCGCUGAAAGUUCGUCUGUUGCACAUCGCAGGGGACAAUCAACAAACCCAAGCUCAUAUACAGGCGGUUGUCAGAGGCAACACUGUGGAGACCAAGCAGGAGGCAGAGUGGACCGUCAUCAGAGAGACAGCCGCCCCACCACAGGAAGAGCACCCCCCCAUACAGGAAGCACUGGAAAGGUACAGAAAGUCCUGCUCCGAGUUUCAGUCUCAGCUUCAGAAGAACAAGCACCAUUUGGAUGAGUUUAUUUCGGACUCAGUCACCGUCUCCACCUUGCAGAAACACAAGAAGCAGCUACAGAUUUUAAAACAGGCAACAGAGGCACUAUGGUUUGAGUUUGAGCUCCAGUACACCCAGCUGUCCCAGUGCUCCCAUCUGAUGACCACGGAAGAUAAGAGCAAAGUGGAAAUAAUCUGGGUGCAGCUGACUCAGCAGUGGAGAGACCAACAGAUGUGCCUACAGAGCAGGAUGACAUCUAUAGAGAAUACUGCGGACCUGUUGGAGUCUGCAGAGGAUCAGAUGGAGAUGAUCACAGAAAAACUCGACCGGAUCCUCAGAGAGUCUGUGGACAUCUCCUCCUUCAUUUUGGUUGAUCCUACACUGUUGUCUGAUUUAAAGGAACUGGACGACAGACUGCAGUCAGAAAUGAGAAAGCUAUCAGAACGAGGCUCUGAAGAGGAAACACAAGGGCCAGAUGCCACAUCCCCCUCACUCGUCUGCCUGGCUGUCCACAACAGUGUCCAUCAUCUGGAGCAGCUCCGACAGCGGCUGGAGAGAGUUCAGUCAGCUGCCCAGGCUCUGGAUCACUUCCUGGCCACAGUGAAGGAAGUCAAGGCUGAUAUCCCAAAACUGCUGGCAAACCAGGAACCCAGCAGACAGCAGAAUGAUGCAAACUGGGAGCAGCAGAGACACUCUUGGCAGGCAGCAAUGCAGCAGAAGUUGCAGACUGCUGCGGAACAAUCUGAUAGUGUUGACAGCACUUUAAAGGCAGUGGGGAUGACUCUGACUAUGGAUGGUGCAACAGUGACGUGCCAGGAUGUGUUGACAUCAUUGUCCCAGCAAGCCGUGGAUGUGGGAAAAGAACUGAUGAGUGUCAGGAGGAUGGAGAGAAAAGAUGAACUGUUUCCAGUGGGAAAAGAGCAGAUCCAGGAGUUGAAUCCUCUGGAAAUAGGUCAGAUAAAAAAUUGGGAUGAUUCAUCACGGGAGCAGCAGCAUCCAACUACAAGUAGGAUGGAAGAAGAGUUAGGGAUAGAGGCCAAAAGGAGUAGGCUGGAGGUGGAUAGAAAAACACAAAGGGAGGAUGAGGCUGAAACAUGGAAGUCUAAUGGGGGUCUUUCAGAAGCCAAAGACCAGAGAAGAAGGAGAAGCAGCCAAGUUAAAAAAGAGGAAGAAGAGAAGGAGAGUUUGUCCCGGAGGAGAGGUGCCUUGUUAGGCACACUGAGGGAGAUAAAGGAGGCAGCUGAGCAGCUGGGGUUACAGGAGCCCACCCUGCCUGCUCUACAACAGAGGACACGUGCUUUGACUGAGCUGAAAAGUCGUCUUGCUGGCCACCUCAGUGAGCUGCAGCACAUACGAGAUGCAUCUUCACAGUCAGAAAUCCCCGAUGUGAGUCAAACCCCAGAAAUGGAGGAUGUCUGGGAGGAGGUGACAAAAGCUGUAGCUGAAAGGCUGGAGCGAUGUGAUAUCCUAACAAAGCUGCUGAAGAGGUUUCAGAGCAUUCGUGGUGAGCUGAGUGGGUCACUGCAGAGGGCAGAGAGUACCAUCAGUGAACAAGCUUCCUACAUGGGGAGAGACAAUCUGCACCGACAGCAGACUAAGGUCCAGGAAACAAAAGCAGAGCUUACCAACCUUGGUGACGGCAUAGAGGAGGUCCGCAGUGUCUGCAGGCAGCUUCACACUCAUUUACGUCACCUCCCAGAAUGCACCAUCGUCCCAUAUGACGGUGAAGCAGAUGCUCUCAUGGAUCGCUGGCUGGAUAUAUCAGAAAGAACAGAUUUCUACUUUGAAAACCUCUGCCAUGGACUGACUCUGUGGGAUGGGGUCCUCCAGCUGGGAGCAGUGGUGGAGAGCUGGACUGCCAAUAAACUGGCAGUAUUUGCUGAAUCGCCGUCCUUUCAGACAGAGGAAGACAUCAGUGCCUUGCAGAAUGAGAUUGUGGUCCAGGAGGAGAAUAUGGAGCGUUUCCACAGACGAGCUACUGAGAUUCAGACGCUGCUUCAAAGCACGGAGCCUCCUCUGGAGCUGCAGGUUGUGGGGACUCAGCUGAGGAAGAAGAUGGAGCAGCUGAAGGAGCUUGUUUCUGAAGCUGAGGAUGUUUACAGGCAGAUGGUGGCUGCUAGGGGGCAAAUUACUGCCAAGAUGGAUGGAUGCUUUAACUCCCUUCAGAGGAUUCAGGACUCCCUCCUCACACUGAGUGCUCCAGAUGCUGCAACAGUCCUCGCAAAACUCAAGGAUUCACUUAAUGAGCUGCAAACCCAGGAUGAGCAGGCAGAGAGCCUGCUGGAGGAUCUGUGUAUUUUGGCCUCCAUAGUGAGUUCAUCCAGCCUAGAGAGUCUGACUGUGGAUGCGCAGCAGCUGCAGGAUAAAGUCAGAAACACCCAGCAGCUCCUCUCAGAGGUGGAAGACCAGACUCAGAGAAAUAUCCAGGCUCUGGACAGGCUGCAAAGUGAGUGUGAGCAAUUGGACCAGUGGUUGCAAACCGUUGAGGAAAAAGCUGCAAAGGAGGAGGAUCUUAAUCUCCUGCAAGAGGAAGUGCUUCAACAAAGGGGGAGGACAGAGGCCCUCAGUCGGCUUGUGUCAUCCUUACAGAGCAGCACACUCCAGCAGUCUCCUCUGGUGCCAGAGAGCAGCAAACUACUGGAACGAUACAACAACUUUCAAACAAACGUUCUGUGUGGCUCCAGUGAAAAGCAGAGCUCUCCAAGCAGAGAUGUGUUUCAGACUCUGUCAAAGUCAAUUCAGUCCUGCAGUGGACAUCUGGGACAAGCUGUUGACUCUCCACUUGGUGAAGCCCGCGGCCUCCAGAGUCCUGUGGCGCAGAGACUCCACAGUGCGCAAGGUGUGUGUUCCCGCCUCGAGGAAGGUGUGAGUAAUGAGGAACAUUUUGGCCGGUUGCUGCAGGACUGCCACCACAAACUGACUUCCCUGCAGGAAAGGAUGUCAGCCUGUCAAGCUCCGACAGAAAGCGCAGCUGGACUGAUCACAGCUCUGGAGGAUUUGCUACAAGACGUUGUAGAUGUAGAUAAAGAACUUUUACAGAUUGAAACACUCAAGGACUCGGUCACAGCCAGUUCCACGGCCAGGGCCUCAGCCAGCUUCUCCCAGCAGGUUGACAACCUCAAAAACCACAAGAGGGCGCUAGACAGCAGCAUCAGAGAAAAUCUGGCGCUGCUCAGAGACAACGGCAAUCAGAGAGCUCACCAAGUGGAGGAAGAGGUCUCCUGUGUACAGACUGCACUGAAAGACCUGGCUGAAAAUGUUUCAAAUCUAUGUGAGAACCGUGGAGUGUUGCCUGAUAUCAGCCAGCUAAAAGUGCAGUGGAACACAAUACAGGACUGUGAUACCAGGCUGACAGAAUUGGCUGCAAGCAUUUCCGGCCUGCAGAAAACUGGAGAGUUGAGCAUCACACAAGAAACACUUCCCGCAAGUGUCAAUUUGUCUGUUGAAGCAGUUGCUAAAGACCUUGACAGCCUCAGGUCCAUUUAUGAACAAAAGAAACAGGAGUGGGCUGAAAUCACUGCUAACAGGGUGAGACAGGUCGUCAGUCAGCUGCAGAAGUUGAGCCAAACAGUUCAUGAUGAACCAUCAUCCCUCUGCCAGGUAGCUCUGGAUGAGGGCUUGAUGCAUCAACAAGCUCUUCGUGAAGUGCUCUCAGAGCGAGACUUUCUUCUAAACUGUCUGGGAACGAACGUGACAGAGGAACUGCAGAAAAGGGUCUCAGAUGUUCUCAGUGAAACACCUGCAGUUGAAUCCUUAACUAAACACCUGCUCAGCCAUGGUCCUCGUGAAGGAGAAUUGGCCAAAGUUGUUUACGAAGCCUUUAAAGGAGAAAGUGAUGCACCACAUUUAGCUUCAGCCGCUGAAACUCCAGCUGUGUGUCCUGCUUCCUCUCCUUCCCUUUCUGAAACAGAUGACAAGGGAAACUCACACAGUGGUCAGAAUGACUGCAGAACAAAAACUCAAGGCACUUUGGAAACGGCCAGAGAAGAUGCAUUUGUCCCUCAUCAGUUUUCUUGUGCAGAAACCCCAGAUGAUUUCAAAGCAACAAACCAACAAGAAUCACAUUGGCUAACAUCAACUCCACAAUAUAAAAACUUGACAACGGAUGAUAGUGACACAUUAAGGAAUGGUAGUAUUACUUCAAACAAUGGGCUCAGGACACUUUCUGGAAAUUGCUCAGAGCCUUUAAUGUCAGGCACCCCUCCUACUCUCAACAAAAGUUUAACAGCUCUGCAAGAGGACACUGAAUCAUUUCAGGGAGAUGCAACCUCAACCCAGGACUCAAAAUUGUCGGCUAUAGGCACAGACCGUGCCAAAGAAAUCGAUUCAGAACUCUGUAUCCAAUCCCUGGUUGGAUCUCUAGCCACAAAUCCAGACAAAUCCCCCGUUUCGACCCCUGGAAAUGUAUCUGAACCCAUAGCAGCACAAGCGGAGAUGUUUAAUUGCGAGGACGAGAGCAUAACCCCACAGAAAGUGUUUACAAUAAUGUUAGACAUUGAGCCGCAGGACAUGCAGAAAAAUAAAGAUGUUCAUCCAGAUAUUAUCAGAUGUUUUCAGGGAGCAGUGCUGUAUGACGCACAAUCAGACACAUUUAAGUUUGUUACUGAUGCUCAAGAAAAGGCGAAAUGCUGCGAGGAAUUCAGUGUGAAACCAAAUGAAGUGUCGCCUGAGAAGAAAUCUGGAUUCUUUACAACAGUAAUCGGUCCUGAAUCUGAUCAAACAGACUUGAAGAUCCACCAUUUAACGAGUGCAUUAUGCGACUCUCAAGCAGCAGAGUCACUACCAGAAAACCCUGCGGCAUCAGUAAGUACAGAAUUUGUCGAGGUAAAACCAGCAAGCGCCAAAUUAUCCUGCAAAGAAAACAGAGACGCCUGUGACCUAAUUACCAGUGAGGUGUUGAAAUCCUCUGAAUUAUGCAGUAGGUUUGCAAAUCAAGCGGAAACAACAUGUCCGGAUGUCAAACAUGAGGAAAUGACAGGUUUCUGUCACAGUCAGGAGCAAACAAUGAGCUCAGUUGUGAGCAUGGUGGGGGAAGAUGUCUUAACUGAAACACAAAUACCUGCUGGGGACAGUAAACAAUGGACUGCUGCCAACACGGCGCAGAGCACAGGUACAGGACGUUUGGAGAUGGCAGAGGGAGAAACCAUUGAAGAAGAAGCAAGUGAGCCUGACCGCCCGAAGUGGGGAUGUUUGAAAGUGCCAAGAAGACGAGUUAAAGCUCCGCUGCUAAUAGAAGAAUGUAAAGUUAAGCAUCAGAUCCAAGAAAGCAUGGAGCCUGAGAGCACAGCGCCGGGUUUGGCAGCCGAGGAGACAUCUGAUGGAUCACUGGAGUCCUGCGAACACGAGUGCAGCUUGCAGGAUAUUUUGUCUGAGAUCCAGAGCUUGGUGGAAAAAAUUAACAUAAUAAACCGCACACCACACAUUGACUUGAAUUGGUACCUGAAGUCCUUUCCCGGUGAACCCGAGAUUCGAUUAGUAAGAACUGUUCAAAAAGUCCUGGCAUGUCGCUAUCAACCAGCGCAGCUCGACGUCACCGUGAUGGCCAAACAGAUGCAGGAGGCGGAGGAUUACAGGCAGUCUGUACAGGAACAAGUGGCCACCAUGAAAAGCACGAGUGCCACCAGGAUUUGUGAUGCAGGUGCCCUGAAACGUGUUGAAGGACAGUGGAGUGCUGCACUGCUGGAUGCCUCGGCCACCGUGCAGGUCAAAGCAGCACAGCUGGAUCAGGUGAAACAGUAUCACAAACAGAUGAGGAUCAUCAGAGCUCUACUGGAGGUUCUAGCUGCUGAAAAAGACAAAAUGAGCUUAAAUACUUUGGGAAGCAGCAGCCUUCAAGCUGACAAACUCCAAGCCCUGCUGAACACCAUGGAAAGGAAAAAAGACAAGAUGGAAGAACUCCUCCAUUUGAGUAGCCAGCUGUCAGUCCACUUGAGCGAUGCUGAAAGUUCAGGUGCUCUUCUUGCCCAGCUUGGAGAUGUGCAGGAGGAAUGGAGGCUUUUGGAAGGAAGUAUCAAAAGAGCUCUACAGCAUGCUUCAAGCUCCACCUGUCAGUCCUCUCUUCUUAUAAAACAGGCCGAACAGCUUAAAGGGAAGCUUGAAGCGCUUCAGAUAUCCACCUUUGAAAGCCAGGACAGCAAAAGUGCUUUAGAACUUGUUUGUCUGACCACAGACCUAAAACUGUACAACCAGCUUUAUCUGCACUUAAAGUCUCAGUCGGAUGCUCUCGUCAGUUUCUCUCUGGGUCAGAAAGAGAAGGAUGAGAUCAAAUGUAGUCUUCAGGAACUGGGGUCCUUGCUUGAUGACACCAGGAGCAAACUUGACUUUUCCACACACAGCUGUGGAGGCAUUUCUUCAGCUAAGAUCAAUAAGCAAUUAAAAGAUUUGAUUGUAUGGGCAAAGCAGGCAGAAAACCACAUCUCUAUUGGGCAAAAGUUGGCUCUUUUCCCAGAAGAGGCUCGCAUUCAGAUAGGUGAGAUGAAGAAAUUUCAGACUGAUAUUUGGUCUAGAAGGUCCAAGAUGCAAGUAGAAGUUGAACAGAUUAAAGAUUUAGCACCUGACACAGAAAAGGAGGAAAGCGACCAAGUAUUGAAGACAGUAGAAGAACUUUAUGAAGCUAUUGCCGACAGCUUGGAUCAUGUCCUGCGCACCAUGAAGAAAAAUCUGCGGGAGAGAGAGAAACUGUUAUCCCAGCUUGCUAGCAUGGAUGCCUGGUUAGCAGAGACGCAUGCUAAAAGAGACCCCUGCGCCCAUGUUGACAAUGUUUCAAAGGCUGACAUUAGAAAGCUAGAGACUGAGCUGCAAAACCACAAAUUGGCCACAGCGGAGAUACAGAGCCAACUGACGCUGGUGGAUGCACUGACAGUGAAUUGCAGGGAAAUAUCUGAAGGGUUGAGUCCAGCAGAGAGCCGCUACCUUGUCAACAGACUGUCAGGCCUUUGGACUGAAUUAGAUGGAUUGCUAGCUCAUGAGAAAGCAACCAGCUGGGAAUUAGAGGAGCUGAUUCAUGAGAGAACUUCCUCAGAUGAGGAGUUAUCCACCAUCCAGGCUAGUUUACAGCAAAUUUCCACCAAUCUUGAAAAGCAGAGGUUCCCUUUAACACAGGAAAUCCUCUCAAAAACUAGCAAAUGGAAGCACAUGCUAAUGGAACAUCAAUGUGAAGUACAAGAGAUUCAGCACUGCCAGGAGGCGAAACGAAACUCCCUGCUGUGCACCAUUGGGGAACUGCAAGACCAGUGCAAGGCUCUUAGUGUGAAUGCCUUCGAGCAAGACAAAUAUCUGCACCUUAGGAGACAAAUGGAGGAAUCUAGGGACAUUGCCAAAGAGCAAAUCCAGUGUACCAAAGAUAAAACAAUCAGUGUGGGUGAGAGGUUCAGACUGUGCCAGACGCUUUUAGUUGAACUUCCUCUGGUAAAGACACAGUGUCAAGAGGCAGCAGACCAAUUGGAGGCCAUAGCUCAGGAGUUGUACCCAUCUGAGCUUAACUCAGAGAGGCUAAGGAUUCGCCACACAGUGGAAACUUUAGUCUCCUGGGAGUAUUCUGUCACAGGUCACAUCAAAAACCUAGUGGCCGGGCUUCUACAAAGUAUGCAUUUUUCCUCCGAGCUUCCUGUCUUAAUGGAGCUUUUCAAAAGAACAAGAGUGGAACUGGAGGAAGCCGAACCAGUAAAUCCAGAUGAAAAAGCUGUAGACAAUGCACUACGGAGGUGCUGGGUCAUUUGGAGAAAUAUAGACUCUGGAAUGAGGGUGUUGGAAGGUCUGGGACGAAAGGAAAAAAUAAACCUCAAGAACUACGAGGAACUUUACACUCUUAAGGAUACAACCAAGCAAAAGUGCCAUUCACAAAUGGAAAGUUUAUCCCAGGCCAGAGAAUCCUUGAAAGAUUACCAGUGGGCUGCUCAGGGAGCAAUAGGCUUCCUUCAUAAUGCUGAAGCCACCUUCCUAUCAGCUCCUGGAGGGUUUUUGGACUGUACUGAAGAGCAAAGACAGACUCAGCAGGCUCUAGAAGCUCUUGAAGAAGGAUUUCAGGCUCAUAUCAGCCACCUUGGGGAGCUGCUGCCACAACAAACCUGCCUGUCCCGACCAAAGACUGAGCAGCUCCACAUCAGCAUCCUCAGUCAGUUGUUGGUGGGAAGAGCCAUACUGGAGGCCCAAGCUCAGCUUAGGCUGGAGUCUUUGCAGAGGUGUGAAACAAGACAGCAAAGCCACAGGAAAUGUCAUGAGGAUAUAUGUCAGCGUCUUUCAGGGCUUGAAGCAAAGCUCUCAGAAUGUGCUGCAGAACAAGUGACUUCCUAUGUAAAAUGUCUCAGCCAACAAAAAAGAGCUAAGCUUUUGAUGGAAGAGCUUCGCUGUCUUGCUGGUAAGAUAGAAGAACUGAGAGCUGGAUGUCCAAUGCAGGGCUGUGGGGUUGGAAGGGACGGUGAACUGGCCGCUCUGUGGAGGCGCUGGGUGUCAUUACGACGAGGCGUCGGCCAUCUGGUGGCGCACACAGAACAGAGAGGAGAGGAAUGGAAGGACAUCACAACAAGUAUGGAGCAGUGUUGCAGCUUUUUGGCCAGUCUACAGGCAGACGUUCCAGACUCCUCCAUUGUGAGCUUUGCUCAAGAAGAACCCCAGGAGCUUCUGGCUCAGGCUGAGAUGAACCAGGCUGGGCUGGAGCAGGAGCAGCAGGCCUUGGCUUCCCUGGAGCAUCGACUUGAGCACGCUCUGAGCUUAUCUAGUUCCCAGGAUCCCAUCAGCCCUGGACCGGUUGGCAAAACCCUAGUGAAGAUCCAAGAAAACGUCAGGAGCUUGAAAGAGAGAAAUCUGCUGCUGGUAGCUGCAGCCCAGGCAGAGGAGAAAGAGAGACAGCAAGUCCAAGAAGAGAUAGGAGCAGUGGAGCAACACAUGUUCUCCAUUCUUUCCUCCCUGAAGGCCUGUUCAAAUCCAUGCAAACAACAGGAGCUCAGAAAGGAUGUGUUCUCCCAGCGGGCCAGACUGAAGAUUAUCAUGGAAGCUGUGCAGAGGCGGUACGCUGAGAUACCAGCUGACAUCAGCAGAAGGUUACAAGAAGUUCAGAUGUCUCUACAAAGAGAGGAGGACAAGUUCAUGGAGAAGAGCUACCCAGUCCAGAAGCUGAACCAUCAAGUCGUGGAGCUGGGAUCAGGUCUUGAGAAAGUGAAAGUGUUACUGGAGCAAAAGAGUCUGACAGUAGACAAAGCACAAAAUUUAAUCAAGCACGUGUGGGAUGAGCUGGAUGCUUGGCACAGCCGCUUGAUGCUCCUAGAGAACGAGGUGCAGGAUCUUGCGGAGGACUAUCCUGAUCAGGCUCAUCUGCUCAUUGACCAACUCACGCAACCACUGCAGUUCUACCAAAAUGCAGCACAGAUGGCCGAGCAACGCACUGCUUUCCUCAGCAAGAUCCCUGCUUGUCUCCAGGAGUUUGACGGUAUUUUGCACGGCGCCACCUGCUGGUUAGAUGAGGCCCAGGCGUGGCUCAGUGCUCCCUGUUGCUUUACAACAGCCAGAAGCCUCCAGAAUCAUGCAAACUCCUUACAGCUGGUGCUGGAUGACUCAGAGAGGAUCAGACACGCCCUGCAGGACUUCAGGCCCGUCUUGGAGGAGAUCUCCGCUGUGUGUGACAUGAGCACCCAGGAGAAGAAGCUGGACCAGAAUGACCAACAAGUCCACAAGAUGCAAAGCAAGAUCGUACAGCCACUGGAGCAGCUGUUGCAGGCUGUUGUGGUGGUGGAGGCAGUAGAAGCAGAGCUGAAGACGAUGGAGAAGAAUGUCCCGAAGAUCAGAGCGAUUUUAUCCUCCAUGGACAACUCCAACAUCACUCUGACGGAGCAUCUUCAGGACCGACAGGUGAUCCUGGCCAAUGUGCAGUCGAUGCGGAGGACAUUGGAAGAGAUGGAGAGAUGCAAAGGAGAUCUUCACCUCCCUCGAGGAGCAGAGGAGAGCUUGCUGGUGUUCUCCAGAGCCAGACUGCUCCUGCAGCAGCUGGAGGAGCUGGAGAAACUCACCCAGCAACAAGCCACGCUGCUGGAGAACAAGAUCAGUGAGAAAGAUCUUGGCACCACCACAGUCUCUGACACUCCUGAAGAAACCCAGCAGCUAGACAGAUCUGCACAAAGACACUUUGGCCAGGAGGCUUUUGAGGUGUCUAACUCAGAGGAAGAGGAGGAUGAGGAAAACAGGAGUUGUCACUCGUCGUCCUCUGACACACUAACAUGCAGUAUUCCGGAGGACCCAGACGAGACAUUCACCGCUUCAGAUGUGCAACGUGAGGAUAUAGUUGAAAUUAAGCCACUAUCAGAUGUGAAGGCACUCGAGAGCAGAGAGUUUUCUUCUGAAGUGAAGACGAGCUCAAAAGUUGAAACUUGGCUCGAUUCAAAAGAGUCAGAGGAUGUUGGAACUGGAUUAACAACAAUGGAUUCCAAAGCCGAUGUAGGAAAAGCAUUUAAUCCUGAAAAAGUGACAGCAGAGUCACUUAUCAGUGCAGCUGAAAACCAGCCUGCUGCUGCUGCUCCUGCCCAUGACCAGCAUGAAUUACCAAACCCUGAAACCCUCGUCCCCAACGCUUUAACAAAAUCCCCUCAGGCAGCAGCUACAUUGGAAGACACAAGAUUGAUUCCUGACAGACCUGUCACUCCGUUUGCUGCUACGAGAGCUUUGGAUGAGUUUAUAGAAAGGGAAGACAAUGAUCUGCCUUUGUCCACAGUUCCCUGUCGAGAUCUGGAGCAAAAUGAAGUCAGCAUCAGUCACAGUGGUUUGGUGGAAGAAUCCCAACAAGCCCAGGGGUCGUCUGAGGUGCCAAUCAGUAGCUUGACUGGAGGUGAAGAAGAGGCCAAGGAGCCACUGAGGUGGAGCCGACUUCAUGACCAGAUCUCUCAAAAACUGACCACUUUGAAAAAGGUUCAGGAGGAGCAUCAAACCGCGAUCAGCUCAGACGAUGGAGGAACUGGUGGAAAGGUUCCAGAAAGGGAGCUGGUAUCAACUGGCUCUGCUUCUGCUGUUCUGCAGCGGCUGCAUGGGUCCAUCGCCUUGCUGAGACAAAUGGUGAGCUGUGCAGACGGCUCAAGUCCGAGUGUGAAUGAGGACUUGUACACGACAGUACGGAGGGUCCUCCUCUGUCUGGACAAUUUGACCGACCUUCUGUUGACUCCUGGUGGCUCUGGUGAAGGGGACCCCCAGCUGUGGAUGCUACAAGAGGAGUGUGUAUCGACUGAGUUGGUGACGCUGGCUGAGCUGCUGAGUAAAGUGGAGUCAGACACCAGACCUACACUCUCAAAGGAACAACCAGAAGCUCUGUGCUGUUUGACAUCCCUUCAGGAUUGCCUACAAACAGUCCAGCAGGUCUUCACCUCAUCCCAAAACCAGUCUGCAGAACAUCCGGGCAUCACAAACCAGAAGCUCGUCUCCAACCAGCUGUGUAUCUUGGAUGAGUUUGAACUUGGACAAGAUGAGAUCUUCCCCAGUAUAAAAGAUGCUCCCAGUUUGGAGCAGUGUGUGCUGGGCAGACAUCUGAGGGAGAGGCCAGGGGAAAAGGCCAAGCUACAGCAAGCUUCCCGCUCCUUGCUUCAGGGGAUAACGCGCCUCCUGGACCUGGGUGAAGAAUGCAUAACAGAAGGGCAGAUGGGCCGGGUUCACAGCCGCAGCCGACUUCAAGCUGCUCUCUGCAGACGCAAGAAGCUCCUGCAGGUCCUCAGGUCUCAGUUGGCCUUUGUGCAGCAUCUUUUCCAGCGUGAGCCAGAAGCACUCCGGUGUCAAGAGGAUGAGCGGGUACAGCUGGAAGUCAGAGCCAAAGCUUUGCUGCACCAGGCUCUGGAAGACGAAGUGGCUUCUCAAAGGAGGAUCCAGGAGUGGACGCGUUGGGAGGAUAAUUGUGGUCGACUGGGCAGGCUGCUGGAUGAUGUUGAAGCCUUCAUUAGCAGUGGGGAACCAGAGGGAGACAAUGAGAAGUUAGCACAGCAGCGACUAGACGCCUGCCAGCGAAUGCUGGUCCAGCUGGAUGAGAACAGAGCUGCUUUAGGACUGCUCCUGGAUCAGGGGAAGGUGCUGCAGACCGAGCCAGAGUUUGCUGCCACAGUCAGUCAGGCACGAGGCGCCCUGGAGCUGCGAUGGCAGAGCGCCUACAGCCGGACAGAGCAGGAGCUCCAACGCUGCAGAGACAUCCAGGACAGCCGGGUCAGAUUCCAGACUGACUUUGCCUCAGUCAGUGAAUGGUUGAUUGAUGCCAGCAAACACCUGAAGACUUGGUCAAACCUGGCAAACACCCCUGACCUGAACCAGGAGUGUAUUCACAACCAUCUGAUCAAGCUGCUGGACUUCUCCAUGGAGACUGAAGCCAUAUCAGUGAAGAGGGCAUCUGUAUCCAGGGAAGCUUCUCGGCUGCUCAACCUGAGGGAGGCUGACUGUCCCAGGCUGAGGGCUCAGCUCACUAAGAUGGAGGUCAAAUGGAGCCAGCUGACCCCUAACCAGACCAAGAUACAAGAACAGCUGCAGCAGCGGCUCCUGGAAGCAUGGCCACCGGUGACGCUGCUGUCUGACCUGGAGGACUGGCUGAAGAAUUUGGAGACUCGACUGAGCACGGAGAAAGAAGCAGCCCUCGAGGCCAAAAAUGAUGCUCAGAUCACUAAAAUCCUGCAGAACUAUAAGGAGAUAAAGGCAGGCGUGGUCAAUGGGCAGCUCCUUCUGGAUUUCCUGUGCCAGUCUGGGCCUCGGGUAGUGAAAGUGGACAACAAGGAUCUGCGCUCUGAAUGUACAAUGUUUGCAGAGAAACUUGGCGCCCUCAGACUGCAGUGGUUGCACCUUCAAAGAGAGCUGGAGAGCCAGACUGGUGAAGCUGAGCGUUUGCAUCACACGUGUGCAGACAGAGAGAGACGACUUCAGCGUCUCCAUGGCUGGAUAGAGCAGCAGAAAAAGCAGCUGAAUCAGAGGAAACAUUUCACCAGUCAAACUCUGGCCCAUAAGACUCUGCUGGACUUACAGGCUGUUGCAGGCAGAGCGAAGGACGUGGCUGCAGCUUUACAAAAGCUGAAAACAACUCGAGUUCAUGUUGACAAAAAAGAGGAUCACCCCUGUGAUAUUUCUUUCUCUGGCCAAACAGAGAUUGUGUUUCAGGAAUGUGGGGAUCUUAGUCAGCAGAUGGCAGCUCUAAAACCAGUUCUACAGCAAACGGUGGAGGAGUGGGGAUGUUUUGAGAAAGAACUGAGGGAAGUUUCUCUGCACACCACCAGGGUGCGCUGUGCUCUUCAGCAUCAACCGCUGUUCUCUCUACAGCAGGCUGAAGGGUACAUGGAUGUCCUGCAGCUUCUCCAGGAGAAGGCCAGCAGAGGGGAAGAGCUCUUGGCAUCCGUGGACAAAUCAUAUCAGAGUCUUGUCAAGGCACUUUAUUGUGAAACAGCUCAGGUUCUGGAGGCUCAAAUAGAAGGAGAGCGAAAAAGGUGGAAGGACGUGGUGCAGGAGCUAAAGGACGAGCACAUGAAGACUGCAGAGACACUUUCCCUGUGGCAGGAGUUCACUCACCUCUCUGAUCAAUGCUCCCUUCAACUGCAAAAACUGUGGCAUCAGUGGGAGGAGCUGUCGAGAUGUUCACCUCAACAAGACACACAGGCCGCAGUUCACCUGGUAGAGCAGCAGCUGCAGAUAGCUGCGAUGGAUUUGCAAAGCCGCAUGGGAGAUGUUCUCUCCGCUUCCAAGCCUCUUAUUGGACGACUAGAACCACUGGGCGCAAAUUUAAUCCAAUCAGAGACCAGACUACUGUCACGUGAAGUCCUGCUGCUGAGCCAGGCAACAUCACGGAAAAAGAAAAGUCUUCGGGAGGAUUUAGAGCAACAGGAACUAUUUAACACACAACUGGAGGCUGUUGAAAAGCAGACACAGAGUAUACGCAAUAAACUGAAGGCCAACAUGAAUGACAAGGACCCUGUGAAGGUUCUCUCCGAGCUCAGCGGCCUGUCUGCGUCACUGGUUGACGUCAGGGAGAUGAGUGGCUGUGUGACCCUUAACAACCAUGAGGCUGAGAGACUGCACAUGCUCAGGAGACACUGGGUUGAAAGCAUGACUCAUACAAUGGAUAUGAACAGAGAGCAUCACGUUGAUCAUCAGCGCUCCCAGAACUUUCAGGAGAAGUGUAUGAACUUGAAAUCUAUCCAGAAGAAGCUUGAGGAGGAAUCAACAUCCAAAAAACCUCAAAGCUACUCCAGCCUUCAAGAGAUGCUCAAUGUCCAUCAGAGCCUUCAGGCUGAAAUAAUCAUCGGACACCAGCUUCUGCAAGCUCUUCUCUGCCAUGCAGUCGGAUUCAUGGAAAAAGAAACGGGAGAGAAAAGAUCUGAGCUCAUGACACAAGCGGCCUGUGUGAGGCAGAGCUGGUUGAGCUCUGUGGCUCUGGUUGGCCAGCGAAGGUCCUUGAUAAAAGAACAACUGGGUCAGUGGAGGGUCUACCGUCGUGGCUUGAAAGUUCUGUGGAAGCUGUUGAGCGACGUUGACCCCUUACUGCCUCCUGCUGGACCUGCUCUGUGUGCACUGCAUCAGCAGUGGAGCUGCAGGGAUGAUUACCAGUGUGUUGAAGAUGCUCUGGGUCUCCACUCCGCGGUGUACACACAAACACUGGAGGCUGGAGGACAUUUAUGUGAAACUAUGACAGAGUCAGAGUGUCAGAGCCGACUGCAGUCAGAGCUCCAGGCUGUACAGGAGGCCUGGGAACGAACCAGCUCACGGCUGGAGACGAGACGAGACCUGGUCACCACAACUGUUCAGAAGUGGUCUGAGUGUCAGGAUGGGAUCACCAGCAUCUGGUCUGAACUAGACGAGCUGGAAACUAAGCUCAAACAGCCACUGCCUGAAAGACUGCAGGGCUCUGAGGAGGAGAAACACAUGCAGGAGACCGAGCUCUCUCUGCAGCGUUUGGCCAGUGGACUGAGAGACCUGGCCACCAUGAAGACGGACCUGUCCCAGUACGUCGCGGCCGGCGACUCGGCUCUGCUGGAGCAGCAGCUGGAACAGCUCCACGGUCAAUGGGAAGAGCUGUGUAUAAAGGUGUCCUUGCGCAGGCAAGAAAUCGCAGACCGCCUCAACGCCUGGACCAUCUUCAACGACAAGAACAAGGAGUUCUGUGAUUGGCUGACUCAGAUGGAGAACAAGGUGUGCCACAGCGGAGAUCUGAGCAUCGAGGAAAUGGUGGAGAAACUAAAGAAGGACUGUAUGGAGGAAAUCAACUUGUUCAGUGAGAAUAAGAGCCACCUGAAGCAGCUGGGUGAGCAGCUGCUGCUGGCCAGUGAUGAGGCCAAGCAGACGCAGGUCCACGGCUCACUGCUGGAGGUCAGCCAGCGCUGGCACAACCUCUUCCACCACAUCGAAGCCAGGGUGAAGAAGCUGAAGGAGACUCUGGUGACGGUGCAGCAGCUGGAUAAGAACAUGAGCAACCUGCGCUCGUGGCUUUGCCGCAUGGAGGCCGAGCUGUCCAGACCCAUCACCUACAGCGUCUGUCACCACCAGGAGAUCCAGAAGAGGCUGGCUGAGCAGCAGGAGCUGCAGAGGGACAUCGAGCAGCACACGGAGGGCGUCGCGUCGGUGCUCAGUCUGUGCGAUGUUCUGCUGCGCGAUGAAGAUGCUGCCGGCGGCACUGAGGCAGAGAGCGAUUCCCUGCAGGAGACCAGCCACAGCCUGGACCAGCGCUGGAGGACCAUCUGUGCCAUGGCUCUGGACAGGAGGCUCAGGAUCGAGGAGACGUGGAGACUCUGGUGCAAGUUCCUCGACGACUACUCGCGGUUUGAGGAUUGGCUCAAGAUGGCCGAGCGCACCGCUGCCAACCCGAACUCUGCAGACGUCCUUUAUACCGUCGCCAAGGAGGAGCUCAAGAAGUUCGAGGGUUUCCAGAGGCAGGUCCACGAGCGGCUGACCCAACUGGAACUUGUCAACAACCAGUACCGCCGCCUUGCCAGGGAGAACCGCACUGACCGAGCAAGCCAGCUCAAAGCCAUGGUCCACGAGGGCAACCGGCGCUGGGACACCCUGCACCGCAGAGUGGCCGCCAUCCUCCGCAGACUCAAGUAUUUCACCACCCAGAGGGAGGACUUUGAGGGCACCAGGGAGAGCAUGCUGGUGUGGCUGACUGAGCUGGACCUGCAGCUCACCAACGUCGAACACUUUUCAGAGAGCGACGUCCAUCACAAGAUACAGCAGCUCAACAGUUUCCAGAAGGAGAUCACCCUGAACACAGAGCGCAUUGACGGACUGAUAGUGUUUGGAGAGGGUCUGAUCCAGAAGAGCUCGCCGCAGGACGCCGCUCUGAUCGAGGACGAGCUGGAGGAGCUGCACUCGUACUGCCAGGAGGUCUUCAGCCGACUGGUCCGCUUCCACCAGCGCCUCAGCCAGCCUCCGAUGAUCAAAGAAGAGCCGGAGCUCUCUGGCACCACCUUUUCCUUGGAGUCGAGCUUGGAGCUGAUAUGUAGACCGUGGCUGGGGCGGAGCCAAGGAAGCCUUCCGGCCACGCCCACCCACCUGCUGGCCUCGCCGCUGGAGCGUUCAGGCCGGGAGACGCCGGACUCCCUGCCACUGGAGUGGGACCACACCGUGGACGUGGGAGGGUCAUCAUCACAUGAGGAUGAGGAAGAGGAAGAAGAGGAGGAAGAAGACGAGGAGGAGAGGACCUACUUCAGUGCACUGUCAGAGGCCGAGUUGUCUGAGUUCCAGGAGGAAUUUGUUGAAGCCCCGGAGGCCCUACGAGCCUCCUCACUGGCUUCCAGCAGGUCUUUGGCCGUCCAUGAGUCUCCAAGAUGGCGAUCGCAGGCAGACGCAGAAACACAGUCUCUCCAGCUGGACUCAGAGGGCCACCCCGAGGCUCCACCCACCCUAACCAGCACCCCUCUGAAGCAGGAACGCUAUCUGCGUCUCAUGUCUCAGUGCAGCGGCAGCAUCGAGAACAUUAAAAGAGUCUCGCUGAUCCUGGAUGACGAGGAGCAGCCGGAAGAGCUCGGCCUGACGGGACUCAAUGCCUCGGACAAACAGUCUGCUGUGAUUGAACGCUGGGAGCUGCUCCAGGCUCAGUCCAGGAGCGACCUGCGCGCCGGCCCUCAGGAGCUCACAUCGGACCUCGACGACAUCACUUCCUGGUUAGAGAACGUGAUGCCGGAGCUCGAGAGCCUCCAGCAGUCUGACCCGUCAGCUAGCAUUGAGGACUUGGCAGCCAAAGCCAAAGAACUUAAGGAGAUGCAGAGGAUGUUUACUCGCUACAAGUCCAUCAUGCUGUCUGUGAACCUGCGAGCUCAGGAAGCUCCAGAAAAACAGGACAGCCUGGCGGCUAUGAACCGAGACUGGAGCCGAGCGUGUACAGGCCUCCAGCAGUGGGACACCAGUCUGAGGAAGACGCUGAUGCGCUGCCAGGAGUUCCAUGAAACCCUGCACUCCCUGCUGCUGUGGCUGGCCCACGCAGAGAGCAGACGCUUCGCAGUGGACAUCCAUCACCCAGACACACCCGUCACAGCCCUCCAACAACACCGCAACACGCUCACAAGUCUGCAGGAGGAGCUGCAGGGCAGGCAGACUCAGCAGGCCUCACUCCAGGCUCUGUGGUCUCAGCUCCAGCCGGAGGAGGAGGCCGAGGAGAGCGACGAAGCUCAGGAGAAACUCCACGUGACGGGAAGCAAACUGAAGCUGCUGCUGGAGGAGGUGGAGCGGGACCUCAGCAGCCUGCAACAACGUCUGGGUAGUGAAUCUGCAUCAGGUGUCCAAGACCAAGGCGCUACUGCAGAAAAUUCUCAGGAAGCCAAAAAUUCAAAGAAAGGCUCCUCAACUCAAAGAGAGAAGAGGGACUCGUCGCCGCCUCGCUCCUUCUUCUACCGGGUCCUUCGCGCUGCCUUCCCCCUCCACCUCCUGUUCCUGUUCCUCCUGCUCCUGCCCUGCCUGAUCCCCCUGUCAGACAGCGAGCCCGGCUGCACCGGAACCAACAACUUCGCCCGCUCCUUCUACCCCAUGCUGCGCUACACCAACGGCCCACCACCCACCUGAUGGGGACGUAAUUGGAAAAAAAGAGACGAGGGGCAUUUUUCUGGGGGGAACGCGCUGAGAAACACAAGCCACCUUUUGAAUCACUGAAACACGUGAAAAACCUGUCUAAAACUAAAAAUGUAUUAUACCGAAAGAGGCGAUCGUCUUCUAAAAGAGAGUCCAAAGUGCUGAAAUGUUGUCUAUUUAUAAAUGUCCAUUUUAAAAGAUUUGAUCUUUGAACAGAUUAUAUUUAUUCCAUGAACAAGACCACCCUUUUUGAAUCAGGAAAAGUGCCACACAUGAAGAAUAAAUUUAGACUCUUUAGAAUCUUGAGUUUGAUCAGGCAAAGAUCUUGCCGCCAUCCAAGAAAUCCAUCAGUGCAGAAGGAGUCGUACAGUAGAUGGAGUCUUGUAGUUGCAGAAAAGAUGCUUCAGUAACAGGUGAGAUCGUUCCGCUGUCCUUUAGCUGCUGUUGAAGCCAGCGAACACAUUUUACAGAGAGUUCAUUCAGUAAUAACUGAGAGGUGGAGAUCAAAUAAGAGGACGAGAUCACAAUAUUCCUCUCUUGUUGCCAAAAGCUGAGUUUGAUGGUCUAAACCUCACCAUCCAAACACACUGUAACAGUGACUAUCAGCUGACUUUCACUGCUUAGUUUUUUAUCAGCUGUUUUUUUUUUUUUGAUUAAAUGUAAACAUUAUCAUUGGGAUUUACAUGUUUGUAUCCAGAUUUCACUCCUGCCACGGUCCUUAUUUUACGUCAUUUCUUAUAACUGCUGACAUUUCAUUCUGUGUGACUCGGCCCUGAAAACAUACAGAACACUUGAUCUAUUUUCAUGUUGUACUGAACUCUAAAAAAGUUUAUUUUUUAUGACAAAACACACUGGUUGGUUAAAUUUGAAUGUAAUCUUUAUUUAAAAAAAACAAAAAAAACAAGAUGGCAGUUUUAUACAUAAUAGUACUGUUUGUUUUUUUCUAGAUGAUUUGUCUUGAGUAGAUUGUGAGCGGACAUUUCUUUCCUUCCCACUGCACUGUUGAAACACUGUAGAUUUAGCAGAAUGACGUGUAUGUACAGAGUGUAAUAAUAUAAUGCUUAUUUAUAACAUCCAAUGGUGGAUUUAUGCUCCUAAAUUUCUGGUAGUAAACACUGAUUUUCUUAACUCUGUUUUGGUGUGAUUGAUUGUGAGAGAAACAAACAAAAAAAAGCUCUGAAUCAACAAAGUUAAGAUGUUUUAGGGCUGGAAUAACCUUUUAAAUCCCUAAAAAUAGGAUUGUUUGUUUAUUUGCACCUUUACAAGAGUCAGAUUGAGGAGAUUAAUACCACUCGUGUUUGCACAUGACAAAAAGAGCUGGAGGGGAGAACCAGCAAGUCUUGCUCUUUCUGUAUGUUUAAAUCAAAUGCCACUAGCAGCUUUUAAACUCAAUGAUUAAUUCCUAUCUCGUUUGUUUAAUCUGAACACAAACAGAAAUGUAGAAACAAUCUGUGAUGCAGCGUCUCGGCACUGCGCUCACUGUGAUAGGACUGCAGGAAAUCGCUGCAACCAGCAAGUGAUUUCAGCCACAAACCUCACAGCUGUCAAUGACCACUUAAAGAUUUUUUUUUUUUUUUACAAAUACGUUACAUUUGAGUGACACUACAGUCUGUUAACUAAAGCAGUCUGCCCCUGUGGUUGUUGUUCCCAUGAAGACGGGGCAGAAAAGUGCUACCUUUACCUUUUAUGAUUAAGUUCCGACAUCAAACUCACGAGAAGAAGCCUUUUUCCGCUGGCUUGCAUCUUGGCACUUGAGACACAACUGGUUAAGUGUCCAGUAUGGAAUCUCUACUUCUACACCGUUUAUUACAGUCAUGCAUGAUGUAGUAUAUACGGACUACAAAUUCAAAAGAAACUACAAUUUGUGUCACCUAGUUCAUUUGUUGCAACCCAGUUGACAAAAAAUUUUUACUUUUCAUGUUUUGCUUCUGCUAAAAUCAUUCACGUAAAUGACUGAUAAACAAGUGAAUGUCACUGUGUCGUCUGUACAAUACUUUUGCUUUAUUUCAGGGUGAAAACCAGGCACAACGGGUAAAUGUAUAAACACAUGACAAAAACAAAUGAUCAUGUGCAAACCGGAUGUCCACAGUUGACUUGUUAUCAUUCAUCGUCCACCUUUCAAAUCAUCAAAGACACAACAGCAGUUCACUUGUUCACGCAUCAUGUGAUCAUGAAGCCAUCAUCACAAAUUAACCAGCCGCGUUAUGAUGGAUAUUUUUUGGGGAACAUGAACAACAAGAACAUGUACACAGCGACAGUGCAGUUUGCAGUGAUGGUGGUAAAGAGUCCUUGGGGUACAUUUUCAAAGUCUGCAUAUUUUCAUGUCGUGCCCUUCUUGCGGUGAUCCUGUCAAGCUGCAUCGCAAUAGUGCACACAGACAUUGGCUACAUCAGCGACUUUUAAGAUACAAAAAUAAUUUUCUUUUUUCUUUAAGCAAAACUUGACAGAUGCUGUAUGAGUGCAACUUUGCCUUAAGAGCUUUAGUGGUUAUGACUCCUCACAGGAAACAACAGAGAUGUCUUAAGCUAAGAAUGAACAGUGAUGAGUAAUCUGGUUCUGUGAUUGUGUGCUGUGAAGCCCCCUCUAGUGGUCAACAGGAGGUCUGCGGUGACACGAUUCAAAUUACAAUUAGCCGUCUCAAUACGAUUCAGACAGUUUAUUUUCGGUGCUACUUUCUGAUUAGAAAAAUCCAUGAAAAAAACUGACCAAAUCCUGUUUUGAUAGCUUU